UGUAACUACAUUACCUAUUGGAGGUGUAUACCAACAUAUGUCGGUGCCUAGGUACCUACACGUACACCUGCAAGCGUAGCCCAGAUAGCUCCCUAGCCGCUACUACUGUACAUAGUGUGCAUAUUAGUGCACCGGUACUUGCCUAAGUAGGUACCUACAUAGGUACCCUGGCGAGCCUGCUAGUACUGUAGUAGGUACCUCCUAGCGUGACUGCCCCUCCCCUGCAAGCCAUGAGGUCAACUGAGAAACCGCUCCGAUCUAGGAACGUGGGGUUACGAGUAAAAAUAAUCUUCCAAACCAGAGGAUAGGUGGGAUAAAAGCGAAACAGCCCAUACUAUACUAUAGCUGUCACAUCUCGCACAUGCUGGUCGUUUGAACAAUAUCUCAAUUGGCUCUUCUCCCAUUCCGUCCACCAUCGUACUCCUCCUGUUGUUACAGAGAGAACCUCGGGUUAAUCUGCGCUGUGUCACGCACCAAUCUCCUUCUCGUUUCGCCCGGCUCUCGGACAAUAAAGCACCAUGGAUUUAGUAAACCACCUUGAAGGGCGACUUCUAUUCGCCGUGCCAAAGAAGGGUCGUUUGAACCAAGCUGCACUAAACCUCCUUGAGGGCGCCGAUAUCCAAUUCAGGAGAGAAAACCGGCUUGACAUAGCAUUAGUCAAGAAUCUACCCAUCGCUCUGAUCUUCCUCCCCGCGGCUGAUAUACCUACUUUCGUUGGGGAGGGUCAGGUCGACCUGGGAAUCACCGGCCUGGACCAAGUUCAAGAGCACGACGCAGGGGUGCGUGCUCUUUAUCGUGCAAGGCGGUUCUCAGGCGAGAUAACCAUGGAACAAGAAGUCGCCCAUAACGGGAGCGGCUCAGGCUGCGAGACAGUGUUGGAACUCGGAUUUGGCGCGUGUAAGCUCCAAGUACAAGUCCCGCAGAAUGGCGCCUAUAAUUCGCCUAAGGAUCUCAUCGGGAAGAACAUUGGUACCAGUUUCGUCCAUCUCGCGCAAAAAUACUUCGCCAACUUAGAACUGGAAGUGGACUCUGCAAAUGCGCAGGCAGACCAACCUGCAGAAUUCACCAAUAAACUGCGAACCCAGAUUAUUGAACUAAGUGGUAGUGUCGAAGCGGCUUGCGCUCUCGGUGUGGCUGAUGGUAUCGUCGACCUUGUCGAAUCUGGCGAGACCAUGAAAGCCGCUGGACUGAAACCAAUCGACACUGUGGUCGAAUCCAGUGCUAUUUUAAUCAAGUCGCGGAACCCGAGUAACCCGGAACUUGUCGAGCUUAUUGCACAGCGUAUUCGCGGUGUAAUAGCAGCAAACAAAUACGUUUUGUGUCAGUAUAAUAUCCAGAGGAGCACCCUUGCAGAAGCUACUAAGAUCGCUCCUGGGAAGAGAGCCCCAACAGUCACAUCGCUAGAUGAGGAGGGGUGGGUCGCUGUCAGCGUCAUGGUAGAAAAGAAGAGAAUCGCGCCUAUCAUGGACGAAUUGAGUAAAAUCGGAGCCCAUGACAUCCUGGUACUAGACAUUAAAAAUAGUCGCGACUAGGGUAGUGAGUCGCCAUGAGAUUUAAUUCAGCAAUAUCCACGGAAAGACUUGAAGUUGUCCCUAACUAUAACAAAACAAACGUCAACCAAAUCAGAGUAGAAUGAUGAAGCUAUAAUUAUAUUCCGACAAAACGAAGCGCGAAGUGUUUGGCCGCGAAUUUCGGAGGUUUUCAAGGAUGAGCAACUAGGCGCAUGGGUCGAUGAUGUUAUAUUAUGGGGUCUCCCUCUCGGGAUACCUAGCAGACGGUUACAUCACGUUAAAUGCAUCCGCAUGCCGGCUUGACUGGGCUGUGGACCC